AUGAAUGACAAGCGUGGUUUUCGAGUUGAUGAGCUCUUGUCAGAUGACAAGAACAUCACCGCACAACAACAGGGAGGAAGAUCAAAUACCCAAGCAGGAAAUGCAAACAAGGCACGAAGGGCUCGUACAGCUUUUACUUAUGAACAACUGGUUGCUUUAGAAAAUAAAUUUAAGACUUCGCGUUAUCUCAGCGUUUGUGAGCGAUUGAAUCUUGCCAUUCAGCUCCAUCUCACUGAAACACAGGUGAAGAUUUGGUUCCAAAAUCGUCGUACAAAAUGGAAGAAGCAUAAUCCUGGUAUGGACGCCAUUUCCUCACCCUCACCGACGGCAACUCAACCAGCUUCAUCUACCGUAACCGAAAAGAUUCUUACUCCUCCGUCCAUUCAACUCUCACAAUUUAGUAUGAUCCCAGUCGGUGCACCGCUUCUGUCACUUCCUUCUAUCCCUCAAACUGGUGCAUCAAUGUUCCCGUUUAGUUUUUACGAUAUCAAUAGCUCUCCUAUAUUUGUGUCUCAGCGAUUGCCAUUUCUUACUUAG